AUUUUCAUCUGGCAACGUUGCCUGAAGUGUCAUUUAGCUUUGUAGCAGUGUGUGUGUAUUCGUUGCCUUUAUUUAUAGCAUUUACGCGACUAUGGCCUCUACAAGUACUGCAUCAACAACCGAUGACCGACGUAUAUGGGUUGGUAAUUUAGACCCCAGAUUAAGCGAGUUUCACCUCCUGAAAGUUAUGCAAAAAUGUGGCGAGAUAGAAAAAUUUGAUAUGCUUUUCCAUAAGGGUGGUCCCCUGCAGGGACAAUCUAGGGGUUAUGCGUUUGUUACCUUCACUAAGUCUAGUUCCGCCAUGGUGGCCUUGGAAAAAUUAAAUGGCCAUGUGAUCUUAAAUCGUCCCAUUGCAGUUAGAUUAGCCAAAAAUAUAAAUUAUGAUGAGUUUGAACGACCGAAGCCCAAAAUUGAAAUACCCGCCUUGGGCACUGGCAAACGUGAAGGCAAAAUAACACGCGAAGAAGCCAUAAAAGCCAUCGAGCAGAAACUCAAAGCCAUUGAAUCACAAGGUGAUGAUAUUGAUUUUAGUCAACCAACGGCGGGACCAGUCAUACCGCUAAUACAAAAAUACCAAUUCAAUAAAGAUCGCGAUGCCAAGACUGCAACCACAACGCAACGACGUCCAUAUCACAAAACUAGUUCGGGUCCAUACAGCCGGCAUCAGAGACCAAAACGGAGAUAGAAGUGAUUGUUGCACCACCCCAGUAGCCGUACUUAUAGUUCAAAAUAAAAAAGAUGUAUCGUUUUAUAAAUAUUAGUUCCAUCCAUUUAUUUGUGUAUUCUCAUUCACCUCAUUCACAGACUACCUUAAAGAAAGAAACUCACAACAUA